CACAAAAACAAAUGCCUGUCUCUCGUCUUCUAGCAUGAACAUUCAGUACAAACAGUGUUUCUCUAAAUACAGGGCUGAUUCCAGCAACAGAAUAGAAAACGCUUUCCAGGAAACAGACGUAAUCCCUUGUCAUAACGGGAAUGACAAGAAGAGCAGCUGCUCGACGGACAAAUGAGAAGCAGACUCACAGAGCGACCAAACCAUUGGGUGGAAUACAAAGGUAACCAAAGCAGCUUUAUUGGAGCUUUACAGGAGCGACUAGACUGGCUUGCUGUAGAGACAUGAGAGAACUGUUGAGUGAUGGGACCGAUGUUGCACUUUUCUCUCGAAGAGGGCAGGCUGGAGAACAAAUAAAACCCGACGGGAUCAUCAUGGCUGUGCGAAGGCGAGCAGUGGGCGAGUUAUUGAAGCGUUCUAGUGCAGGAUUCCCUCAGGUCGCGCUAAUGGAAGUGAUGUGAGAUUGCUUCGCUUGUCGUGCGUUUAACAAGGCUCGAUUAUGCGCCAGCCUCCGCAGUGACCGAACGCUUUUUCUUUUACCUGCUCGACGCCAAUUCAUGCCGAAAGACGAUGACUGCACUCACGGGCUGUAGCUGGCACUAAGAGGGACCCGUGUUAGCUGCUGCACCGGACUGGCUGUUUCUCCGCAGCACCACGGACAGCGACCAUGACUCGGCUCCGCAGGAAAGCUCUCGUGGCACUCUUCCUCUUCACGCUCUUCAUUUUCGGGGCCAUGAUGGGACUCAGGACGCUGAAACCCAGUGACGGCUUCUCGGACCUGGCCCCAGGCAUGGACUUCACAGGAGAGAGGUCCGAAAGGAGGCGGCUGGAUGUGAAAGACGUGGUGGCGUCUCCGGGCCAGUUCCACAUGGGAAGCAGCGACACUAAGGUGGUUUUCACCAAAUCGGACCGAGAUUACAGUAUAUUCUAUGAUGUUCACAUCUUCUACUACCUGUGGUACGGCUCUCCCAGCAUGGACAACAAGUACAUUCACUGGGAUCAUGUGCUGGUGCCACACUGGGACCCAAAGAUUGCAGCCAGUCAUGCCCAAGGAAGGCACACCCCCCCAGAAGAUAUUGCCUCAAGUUUUUACCCCGAACUGGGACCCUACAGCUCCAGGGACCCAGCGGUGCUGGACUCACACAUGGCCCAGAUAGAGGCUGCUGCAGCGGGAGUGCUGGUGUUGUCCUGGUAUCCUCCCGGGGUGGCAGACGACCACGGGGAGCCCACCGAGGACCUGGUUCCUGCUGUCAUGGACGCAGCCCACAGGCACAGCAUCAAGGUGGCCUUUCACAUACAGCCAUACAAAGGACGGACGGACCAGAGCAUGCAUGAGAACAUCAAAUACAUUAUUGACAAGUAUGGAAAACACAGCGCCUUCUACAGAUUCAGGUCCAGCACAGGACGAGUCCUGCCUCUGUUUUAUGUCUAUGACUCCUACCUGACACCACCAGAAUCCUGGGCGGAGCUUCUGACAACUAAAGGCUCCCACAGCAUCAGAGGCACGCCUUAUGACGGCGUUUUUGUCGCCCUCAUUGUUGAGGAGCGCCACAAACAUGACAUCCAAGCUAGCGGCUUUGAUGGCAUAUACACCUAUUUUGCCUCCAACGGCUUCUCCUUUGGCUCAUCCCACCAGAACUGGAAACCCAUCAAGGCCUUCUGCGAUGCAAACAAUCUGCUGUUUAUUCCCAGUGUUGGUCCAGGCUACGUGGACACAGCUGUUCGGCCCUGGAACAACCAUAACACCAGGAACCGGGUUAACGGACGUUACUACGAGACAUCCUUGCAGGCAGCUUUGUCUGUCAGACCAGAAAUCGUCACCAUUACUUCUUUUAAUCAGUGGCAUGAAGGUACGCAGAUAGAGAAGGCUGUACCCAAGAAAACAGUGACCCGUUUGUACCUAGACUACCUACCAAACAAACCGGACCACUACUUAGAGCUUACGCGCCAGUGGGCAGAGAACUUCAACAAGGAGAAGGACAAGUGGCUAAUGUGAACAUGGCUUCACUUGGCUGGUAGAUGCUCUGAGUAUGACCAGAAAUUACAUUAAGUCAACUCCCACUGUUAAAAGACAACACCUUUUAUAUUCAUCAACCUACUAGUUGUUUUUCUCCAACUCUGAGCACUUCUGAUGAGAUUUUCCCUAAAUGUUCACUCUACCCUUACUGUUUUUAAUCACUAACAUUUUUUGUACAGGUUAAUAAUGUCACUGAUAUUUUGAAGCUACAAGGUCAUAAAGAUGGACAGAUAGUCGUCGUAACAACUCUGUUCAGUAUCUAUUUGUAACAUCAAGAAAGUGUGGCUAUGUACAGUAACUCUGCUCUGUAGGGUAUUUUCUUAUUUUCUUAUGAUGAUGAUAAGACUGUUGUUUCCUGUGUUUCUUUGAAGCCAAAUUAAAAUGUGUGUCUGUUUGA